CCUUGAACGCAGCAUUUAUUCCAGUGGGACGGGCUUCCGGAAGAAGGUCAUCACAAACAUGGCGUGGAGAGGAUGUGUAUUAAAAUGGGUAAAAACAGAGUUAAUCAGAUCCACCAACACAACUUUACGAAGCUCCAGAGAGAUCCCACACUACCAACAGAGGUACGGUUUCCGUCAGGAAGCCAAACGGCCGGAUACAAAGAAAGGAAAUGUUGUCCAAAAAACUAAAGUUUCUCCCUCGGAGGCUGGCACUCAAUCUCUCCCACCUCCUCCCAAAGUCCCCCGGCCGUCACUCUUUAAACCGCUGAUGUUCACAGUAGGGUUUACAGGCUGCUCAUUUGGUGCUGCGGCUAUCCUGCAAUACGAGACCCUGAAGUCACGAGUCAGGACUGCAAAAGAUGAAGAAAAGUCUGAAAAAUUCUCACAGGGGUCUCAGGAUAUGACGUACUGGCAUGACUGGUGGAACAAGCUGUCAGGCUUCCAGCGGCAGCUCAUCCUCCUCGUGUCCACGGUGGAUGACUUCUGGAGCAGUCUCUCAGAGGGACAGAAGACUGUAACAGGCAUCAUUGCACUGAAUGCUGUAGUCCUGUGUUGCUGGCGGAUCCCUGUGAUGCAAAGAAGUAUGGUUAAGUACUUCACGUCCACUCCAGCCGCCAAAACACGGUGCCUGCCUAUGGUCCUGUCCACCUUCAGCCACUACUCCAUUUUCCAUAUGGCGGCCAACAUGUAUGUCCUGUGGACAUUCUCAUCAGAAAUCGUCUCCAUCUUAGGAAGAGAGCAGUUUCUCGCAUUCUAUUUAUCGGCUGGUGUGAUUUCCAAUAUGGUCAGCUACACAUGUAAAACUGCAACUAGAAGUCUGCAUCCAUCAUUAGGAGCGUCAGGUGCUGUGAUGGCAGUACUGGCUGCAGUCUGCGCAAAUGUGCCAGAGGCCAAACUAGGAAUAGUCCUCCUCCCCAUGUUGACUUUCACUGCAGGAAACGCUCUGAAAGCGCUGAUCGCCAUGGAUACAGCAGGGCUCGUCCUGGGAUGGCGGAUGUUUGACCACGCAGCUCACCUUGGUGGAGCCCUCUUUGGAGUAUGGUAUGUGGCAUACGGUCACAAACUGAUCUGGAGGAAGCGAGAGCCUCUGGUGAAGCUGUGGCAUGAAGCACGUUCUCCAGGUGCCGGUGGAUCCAGGUCAGGAGGAGGGCCUGGGGUCAGUGGUGGACCUGGACCAAAAUGAGACUCUGCAAGAUCUCUGUUCCUUUUUUUUUUUUAAACUGGAGUCCACAGUUACCCAAGGAUAUGCAAAGACACUUUUAUCAACAAGUGAGUCGGAUGUUAUUGUGUGUUAUUGCACAUAGAUUUUAUUCAAGGUUAGGAAUGAGCAUAAGGUUAUUUAAUGGUAUUCAGAGAUCUGGAAUUUGAACAGGUGACAUUCCAGAUGUUUACUGUGUGGACUGAUAACAUCUGCUGCCCUUCAAGUAACUCCUUGGAGCUACAAAUGGAAAAUAUCAUCCCUCUACCUCUUAAUCUUCAGCCUUCAAGUCAGUUUUUUUUUUUUUUUUACUGUCCCUAUUAUUAAAAGCAAUUGUAUAAAACCGGACAGAAACUGUGUGCGUGCGGUAGUCAGUGAAUGAAUCAAUUGCUGAAAUUAUUGUAAUAUAUGUAGAGUCCUGUGGGCUGGUCUUAUGUCGCUAUUAAAACAGGAUGACAAUCAAA